ACGGUAGAAAAAUUCUCCUUUCUCCCGAUCCGUCUCCACCUCAUUUCUUUCUCUCUCUCCAACCUCAAAUCUAGGGUUUCUGCGCUCUCUCUCGAUCGAUCGAUCGACAUGGACGCCGUUGAUUCCGUCGUGGAUCCGUUGAGGGAGUUCGCCAAGGACAGCUUCCGCCUCGUCAAGCGAUGCCACAAACCCGAUCGCAAAGAGUUCACGAAGGUCGCGAUUCGCACCGCGAUCGGGUUCGUGGUGAUGGGAUUCGUAGGGUUCUUCGUGAAGCUGAUCUUUAUCCCGAUCAACAACAUCAUCGUUGGAUCUGGUUGAGAGUUUCUGAGGAACAAGGAUGGGGUCUUUAGAUAAAAUCAGAAUCAACUUAUGUUGCUUUGGCAUUUAGGGAGUUUGAAUUCUUAUGUACAAGAAGACAUUUAAUUCGAUUUUUUUGGAUUGCUUGCUUUAUAUUUUGUUAGAAAAUCUGCGAUGGAUUAUCUUAUUCGGUUUUUUUUUCUAUUUUUUUCUUUUAUCCUUCGUCAUCUUCUCUGGACUCACUUGUGGGAGCCUCCCAAACACGUAUUUAUAUUUAUUUAUAUUAAUCUGAAGCCAAAGACGCGAGCUUUAAAUUUAA